AUGCCAUCAGAAAAGAAGAAGAUUGUCGUUAAUUCUAAAAACUUCUGGAAGCGUCUAACUCGCCUGUACGAGUUAUGGGAAUCUGGCGAAUCUGGGCUUUCGGAGGUUGGCGCCAUCUAUGUAGUCGUCGGCACUGACGAUGAAGUGAAUAACUACUGCAAAAGCCAGUCUUUCCAGACGUGGCUAUACACUAUCGACUUGCCCGAUGCCCUGCUGGUCAUGACGAAGAAGGGCAUUUGGAUGCUCGCUUCCAAGAAUAAGGUCGAAUUCUUCGAGCCAGUGGUCAACGAUGAUUCUCAUGCGCCCGUACCCGUUGUUCAGACUAUUCUUCGCAAUAAGGCCGACAAAGACAAAGAGAACUUCGAGACUCUUUUGGGCCACCUGAAGGAAAUCGAUGGGAAAGUUGGCUAUUUUGCCAAGGAUAACUACAAAAACGAGUUUUGCGCCGACUGGGUCAAGACUCUUGGCGAUAUUGAAAAGGUCGAUGUCAGUGGUGCGUUUGCCCGUCUAUUCGCUGUCAAGGACGAGCACGAGAUCGAAAUUAGCAAGGAAUCGGCACUGGCUUGUUGCAACACGUGGCAAGCUCUUCGCAAGAAAUACGUCGAAUACAUUGACGCCGAAAGAAAAAUAAGCCAAACGAAGGCCGCCACUGAAAUCGAAAACCUGAUGAAGUCAGUGCCCGUACAAGGCAACCUCAGUAAACGUCAAAUCGAGCAUGCCUAUUCACCAAUUGUGCAGAGUGGUGGCAACUAUUCGAUGAAAUGGAGUGCGUCAAGCUCGUCGAAGAAUAUCCAUUUCGGCGUCAUCGUGACUUCUUUCGGCUGCCGUCUCGAGGGCUAUUGCUCCAACCUGACCCGCACUAUGAUGGUUGACCCGGGCAAAGAGUUGGAGACUGCCUAUGAGAACCUUCUUUUAAUGGAGACGGCAAUCAUCAAUAAGCUGGUUCCCGGCGUGAAAUUCUCUGACGUCUACCAGGCUGGCCUCGAUGCUUUGAAGGAACAAGAUCCUGCACUCAUUUCAAAGCUUCACACAAAGGAAUUUGGUUUCUGCACAGGGAUCGAGUUUCGCGAAUCAUUCCUAUCGAUUUCGCCUAAAUGUCACGCUGAGGUGCAAGAAGGCAUGACUGUGAUUGUGCAGCUGUGGCUCACGAACUUGAAAAAUACUGGAGCAAAAGACGCGGAUGGUCAAACGGCUGCCCUUUCUGUCGGAGAUACAGUGCUCAUUUCCAAGCUUGGCACACAAAUUUUGACCGAGAAGGCUAGAUCAAAGCUGAAGUCUGUAGUGGUGCGUAUCCGCGAGGAUGAGGAAGAAGAUGAGAAGCCGCUGGAGGAAGACUUGGGCCGUGGCAAGAGAAGCGUCAUUUUGACCGAUCAUACCCGAAACAAGCAGACCAACGAGGACAAACGCAAAGAGCGGCAAAAGGAACUGGCCGACAUCUUGAAUCGAAAUGCAGAGGAGCGUAUUGCCCAAGAACAGGGUCAACAAGACCAGAAAAAAGUGAAGAAAUCGAACACAUCGUACAAGUCUUACGAAAAGUUCCCGAACGACGACGAUAUUGACAAUUUGAUGGUCUAUGUCGAUCGGCGUCACGACAGCGUUAUCCUGCCGCUGUUUGGAAUCCCCGUGCCCUUCCACAUUUCAAUGAUCAAGAACUGUUCAACUUCGAUCGAAAGUGACUUUAUGUACCUUCGUAUCAACUUUGCCCAUCCUGGAAGCGCUGUCGGGAAGGAAAAUCAACAAUUCCCACAACCGCUUGCCACCUACAUGAAGGAGAUCACUUUACGAGCCAGCACCACCAAAGACCACGGUUCCACCACGGCCCCGUCGAACAACCUGAACAACGCCUUCCGGUUGAUCAAGGAGAUGCAGAAGAAGUUCAGGAUGGAAGAAGCGGAAGAACGUGAAAAAGAGGGCACCGUGAAACAAGACAAGCUUGUCCUAUCCAAUGGCAAAGUCAAUCCGAAGCUAAAGGAUUUGUAUGUCCGACCGAUCAUCAUCGCCAAAAAGGUCAGCGGCUCACUAGAAGCACAUAUGAACGGCUUCCGCUACACCUCGCUUCGCGGUGACAAGAUUGACGUCCUCUACAACAACAUUAAGCACGCCUUCUUCCAGCCGUGCAACAACGAGAUGAUAAUUCUCAUUCACUUCCACCUUCGAGAUCCGGUUCUUUGGGGCAAGAAGAAGUACAGCGACAUUCAAUUCUACACGGAAGUCGGCGAGAUCACGACGGAUUUGGGAAAAUACCACCACAUGCAAGACCGAGACGACGUCGCUUCCGAGCAGAUGGAGCGUGAAAUGAGGCGCAAGUUGAACUUGGCCUUCCAAUCGUUCUGCGAAAAGGUGGAAAAGCAAACGAACAAUCGCUUCGACUUCGAGACCCCAUUCGAAGAUCUGGGCUUCUACGGAGUACCGUUCCGAAGCAGCUGCAAGCUGAAGCCGACCUCAUCUUGCCUGGUCAACCUUUCCGAGUGGCCGCCAUUCGUCAUUUCAUUGUUGGAGGUCGAGCUCGUCCACUUUGAGCGUGUCUCCUUCCAGUUGAAGAACUUCGAUAUGGUCUUCAUUUUCAAGGACUACCGUAGAAAAACACAAAUGGUGGCGCAAAUCCCGAUGAACUCGUUGGACACCGUGAAGGAAUGGCUCAACUCGUGCGACAUCAAAUACAAUGAAGGCAUCCAAUCCCUCAACUGGCCAAAGAUCAUGAAAACGAUCGUCGAUGAUCCUAAGGAGUUCUUCAAAACCGGCGGUUGGAGCUUCUUGGACCCGAAUUCCGACGAUGAGGGUGAGGCAGAGGAAAGCGACGAGUCGGAGGCGUACGAUCCAAGCGAAGAGGGCGGCUCUGAAUCCGGCUCGGAUGAGGAUGAAGAUGAGGAAUCUGAUGAAGAAGCCUCUGAAGACGAUAGCGACGACGGAUCGGCUUCCCUCGACUCGGACGAAAGCUCCGGAAAGGAUUGGUCCGAUCUGGAGGAAGAGGCCCGCAAAGCCGACAAGCGGAAGGAAAUCGAGGAACGUGAUGCCCCCAGCACGAAGAGCAGCAAGCACCACCACAGAUCGUCUCCCAAGAAGCGCCAUGGGGACAAGGAUCGCCGUCGCGGCAGCCCUCCUCAGAAAAAGCGCCGU